GAGAGAAGCAAGACAGAAGCAGCAGCAAGGAAGACGACGGGUCCGACGUAGAGAAGGCGAGUGUUUCGAACGGCGGAAGGGAUUUGAACGGCGUUAUCUCAUUCUUAUCAUUUGCCCAAGAAAUGGUUAGUGGUGUCUCACGUAAGAGACCAACGGCAUCCAACAGAAGACGUGCUAGGCAAACAGAACCUGAACCAGUGGAAGUGAAUGUCCCUGUGGAGGAGGAUGACCAUGUGGAUGCGAAUAAUGAUUAUGUUGACGACGAUAUUGGUGUGGAGGAUGACGAUAUCGAUAAUGAUAUUAGUGUAGAGGCUGACCUCAUGGAGGACGAUGUUGGUGUGGAUGAUGACAACACAGAACCAGUUCCUGGUGCUCCAGAGGAUCCUUCAUUGGUAAUUAGCUUUCGUAACCAUGUUGCUGUAGUUGUUUGGAAGAAAAAGAAACGGGGACCUCUUAAAUGUUUGAAUCGUUCUCGAAAGCUUGCCGAGUGGCCAUGGAUGUCACCAACAGUCCAAAAUGUUAGAUGGAGACAUUUGGUUGAGCAGUCUGGUCUUAGUGUCCUUAUUGAUCACACAUAUCGGCAUGGCAAUAGAGUGGCAAUAUCUGCAUUCGUUGAAAGGUGGCAUCUAGAGACAAAUACAUUUCACAUGCCAGAUGGUGAGAUGACUAUUACAUUGGAUGAUGUGCGGACCAUACUUGGCAUUCCAGUCACUGGCAUGGCUUUGUCAUGUCCUAAGUUAACAAGAUACGAGGCUGCUGAACUGGUGAAUGCUACUUUGGGAGUGCCAGUGAAUGAUGCAUUUAUAGAGUUAGUUCAAUCUCGUGGGCAAUCCGUGAAGCUAGAGUAGUUGCGAACUAGAUUUCAUGAAGUUAAUGAUACAGAUGAUGCAAAUUU